AUGAGUCAACUUCGAGGAAAGGAUGCAGUUACAUUGACAAGCAUGCUUCUACAACUGGUUCCCCAUUAUCCAGACCUUCAAAGUAAGUGCAUGAAGUAUAAUGCCAUAUUGUAACUUUAUUGGGUUUACACAAAGGAGGCUGAGUAUUAUCUCCCUUAGAGAAGAACUGUGCCAUAAGACAAGAACCAAGAGUUUUGAAUGUCUAAGUAUGUAUCUAUGCUUGGAGCUCUUAAGUGUGUGUGCAGUGCAGAAAAUAAUACAAUCAUAGAUCUGGUUGGAAGAAUAGAUUUGAAGGGGGGGGGAAGGUGGUCUUAAUGGGAGGUGGUUGGCAGUUGGAUUCAGCAGUGGAAAAGCAGAUGGGGAGGAAAAACUGGUCACAUAUUACCAUGGCUUAGUAUAACAUACAUGAAGUUCUUCUGUUUACAGUGCUGAACAGAAAAGAGAAUUGCCCCAGUUAAUGUUUUGGUGGGAUUUGCCUCCACUGCUGGACUUAAAUGAUCCUUGUCCUCUUCCUCCUUUGUGUUUUGUUUCUUUUUCGGGGGGGGGGGCAGCACUGCCAGUCCCAUCUUUGACUGAUUUAUGUGCCCAACACUUUUGUAAAAUUUCAAUGUGGUUAGAGGUCCAAACAUGUUUAGCAUGGCAUGUGAACAUGGCUGCUAUGUUCUACUGUACACAAAAACUGAAGUGGUUGUAGUCUUUAAAGGUACAUUAAACUGACAAGUUUUCUUCUAUCCUAGAAAUUGAUAUUCAUGCAUUAGCUCAAACUCUGAGUGAAAUGAAUUCGCAAUCAACUGAACUGGCAAAGAUUGUUUCACCAUGA